AUGGCCCAAGCCUCUCGCCAGCGCAGUGGGACGGACGCCCACGAGCAGGUGUUCAAACAGACCCAUGUCUACCGAUCCCCGGUGUACCACAGGAGCAAGCGCACGAUGAGCAGCAGCGGUAGAUCACGUCUGGGGCGCGAGGGGGACAGCCUCCUGCGGUCCCUCAAGACUGUCACCACCCGCACGACUAACGGCUUGGCACGAGCGGUGAACGUCACGGGGACGGCAGCGUCGGUGGUUGCGGGAGGAGCUUUCAAGCUGGCAGGAGCAGCAGUUCUCGAUGCCGUCGAUGGGAUUGAGUACGUCUCGUCCAAGUCCCCGAGGGAUGUUCCCGGCGUUACAGACACUUGGCGUUUCGUGGCGAAAGGGCUGAGGAAGACGGCGGAGACUGUGUACGACUUCGGAGUUGCGGCGGAAAACGUGACUGCAGAAGCCACCGAGGUUGCCAAAGAAACGAAACUGUCGGGCGUGGGGAGCGUAAUCCACCCACCCUCCUCCGGGAGCGACGCCCAAACGCGCGGUUACUUUUCCGAGGAGGAGGAGCGAAUCAUAAACAACAUGGUGUUCGGGAUGCCCUCGGCAGCCGGCGGCGGCGGCGAGACAACGGGGGCAGUAGACGGCGGCGGCGGCGGCGGGCAUGCCUCAGGCGGGAGUAACAUGGGGUACUCGGAGGGCGAUCUCGCGACGCACUUCGGCAGAGAUGCUCGUCGCGGCCACCACCACCACCACCACCACCACCACCACCACCACCACGACGACGAUAGCGGCAGGCCUUACGGCCACCAGCAGCACCAGUGGCAGCAGGCCCUGUUGACCAGCGGACCGGGGGGGCUUAGGCACCGACAGCCGAGGCUGCUGGCCCUCGCCGCCCGCGCGCGGUACGCCAUCCGGCUGUCCAUCAUGAGGACGAGCAAGGCCGUGCCGACGAUGAGGUUUCCGCAGAUGGUGGCGUGCGGGAUGGUUUUCGCGUGCCGGGCGGUGACGAAGAACCCGUGGUGCGGGGCCGCCAGCUUCGUGGGAGCCAGGAUGUACCUCAAGUUUGUGGAGUCGAUCUACCUGGAGUGCUUGAAGGAGCGCAUGACCUCAGACAUUAAGUUCGAGGCCGUAGCCAGGCUGCACGAGGGCUCCCCUGAAAGAGCUAGGUGGUUCAACACGGCUGUGGCGGCGAUGUGGGUGCCCAUGCUCGAGCCGCUCUUGUCAGGGUGGACCUCGCGGCAGAUCACGAGGGGCAUCGAGAGGAGCCUGCCGAGCAACGUCUCGUGGGUGGGCCUGGGCAAGGUGACGCUCGGCCCGACACCCCCCAAGAUAAGGUACGUGCAGGUCCAGAACGUGACCUCGCUCGCACAACGGCGGAACAUGGGCACGUCCAACGGCAUCAUCGAUAGCGUGCUGCUCGAAGCCGGCCAGCCAGGCGGAGACAUCGCCGGAGAGAACAUCGUCUACCUCGAGGUUGGCGUUGAUUGGACCAGCUCGCGCUCAAAGGUUUCCCUCAAGCUUGGUGAGCAGUCCCGCCGUCGCAACUGGUGGAGCCUGAGCAGCUACGUCCCGACCUACCGCGUAAAGCUGUGCGAUCUCGGCAUCAAGGGCAAGGUAGUCGUCGCCAUGGCGGUGGGAGAUGGCCGCCCUUUCGUGAAGCGGCUGUGGGUGGGGUUCUCGGAGCCGCCUCUGACGCACAUGAGCCUGGAGGCGCUCUCGGGGAUGGACAUAGCCAACCUUCCGGUGCUCAGGAAGCAUCUCCGGCACGUGGUGAUGCGGUGCCUCAUGCCUCUCACGGAACCAAGGUUCCUCAACAUCGAGGUGAAACCUCCGUCCCCACCCCCCAGCUCAUCCCGGGGUGCUGCCCUAGCAGCCCGCGUCCGGCCGGCGGCCCUGGGCGUCCGAAGGAGGCUCCCCCGCCGCGUCCCGGGCUUUGGCUUGCGGACGCUCCUGGGUCGCGGCAACAACAACAACAACUCUAGGGCGGCAACAACAGCAGUGCUAGCCGAAGCCAGUGAAGAAGGAACUGGAGGUGGUCAGGGCAGAGAGCUCGAGGAGGCGACGCGGAGGCUGCUGGUGGAGGUAGGCGGCGAGUUUCGGGACGAGACUGUCAUGGCUGCGGAGGUCUCGGCCCCGGGCGGAGAGGACGACGGCAUCGUGGUGGAGGACGUCUCGAGCGCCGCGGGCGCGGAGGGCGAGAGGAGAGAGGGCGCGACGCCGACGAGGGUGAAGGCUAUCGGGGGCGGGGUGGGAGAAGUGGGACGGGAGCUGGGGGAGACAGCCGGGGAGAUUCAGGACACAUUGCCAGCAAAGGGAGAGGGGGAAGCCGAGAAGCCGAAGUGGUUUUGGAAGAAGUUGAAGAAGCCGGAGCUGAGCUCGCCGCCGGGGGGGGAGGAGGAGGAGGAGGAGGAGGUGCAGAAGUUUCCCGAUCGUCUGGAAGAAGAGGACUUGGACUGGAGGGGCAACCCACGGGACGGCAGCGAGAGAGAACUCGCGGUAGCAAAGAACAACGCGGAUGCGGAGGUGUCGUCGAGAGCGGAGAAGAAGAAGUCGGAGUCGAGCGCACCGUCGGCAAAGGCGCCGACGCGGUUGGAGGAAGAGGGCGUCGACUGGAUGGGCAACCCGCGGGACGAACGGGGAGGAGGGGAAAAGGAACAGACAAGAGUCUCGUCUAGCGUGGAAGUGGAGACGGCGCGCCGGCGGCAGCGACCGCGAAGUAGCGUCGUCACGAAGAAGGACGGGGAGAAGCAUAAGCUUGCCACUGGAGGAGUAGAGUCGCCGCCGAGGGACGUAGUAGCAUCACCGACAACUAAGGAGGUGAAAAUUAUCCCGUUACCCAAAGCCGCUUCGACGGUCAAGCCGGACCCCUCCUCCUCCGCCGCUUCUCCUCCGGCAGGCAAGGAUAAGAAGGCGGCGCCGAAGGCCUCUCCCGAGGCGGAAACGGCGGUGGUAGUCGCCGCCGAGGGCCGGCGCCGGCUGACGAAGAGCGAGGCGGUGCGGGUGCGCCGAGCGCAGAUACAGCGUCGACGGGCGGCGCUGCUGGAGAAGAAGGGCGGCUCUCUGUCCGCGGCUUCGGCGCUGGUCAAGUCCUUGCGGGGCCGCUUGGGGAAGGUUGGAGGGCGACGCCGUUCCAAUCCGCAGCUAGAGGGGAUCAUCCAGUCGGUAUGCGCGCUUUCGCGGCCCCCCCCGCCACCGCCGGACAGACGUUGA